CCGAGGCUCUCGAACGGGCGCACGCGGAGCCAGGCGGUGGCAGCGCGGGUCUUCCUGGCGCGCAGGCGCUGGCCGCGCCAGGGCCGGCAGCGCCGACGCAGGCGCGGUUGUCGGAGCUCUCGCGCGAGAGCAACGGCACCGUGCCCAGCCGACGACCCUCCAGCGUUGAGGAUGCCUCUCCCGGAGGGCGCACCGUGGUCAGGAGAGCGUGCCGAGCGGCCAGAGCCCGCUCGGCUGCUCGAGCCAGCGGACUGGCGACGUGACGGCAGGAGAACGGACUUCGAAGGUGAGUUGCAGCGCACGGUCACCACCAUAAGAAAAUCGUGCCGCGCCAAAGAGCAAGCCUCAAGAAGAAGUGGGGUACAUGAGACGAAUGCCAUUGCCCAGUUCGUCCACAGCAACACCUUCACAGUGUUGCUCGGUUCUCUGAUCGUCUGCAGCGCAUUGCUAAUCGGGCUUGAGACCCAUGCGUUUUCCAGCAAGGCUGACCAAUGGUCAGACUCGAAAGAGGUGUCAAUGGCGUUCUCUGGACUGAAUUACAUCAUCACCUUCUUAUUCACGAUGGAAAUGGCGGUGCGACUGUAUGUAUUCAGGCUCGAUUUCUUCUUCACCGAGAGAUGGUGGAAUUUGUUUGAUCUCGCCGUCCUGAUCUUGGCCCUCGUCGAGGUUGCUAUGGAGCUCGUUGUCACCUCGUUCGGCGAGUCGAAGGACAGCCUCUUCGACAGCGGUGGAACCGCGAAGAUGAUGCGCCUCGUCCGCCUCACUCGGCUCCUCCGCCUCGUCCGCACGUUCCGCCAGCUCAAGCCCUUGCGGAUGUUGGUUCGCUCUAUCAUGGCCGCCGGGAAGUCUGUGUUUUGGGCAUUCUUGUUGCUCAUCAUCAUCAUCUUCUCGUUCGGGGUCAUCCUGACGCAGGCCGUGACAGAACACACUGUGGGCGGCACGCAGGUCGAGGAUGAGAAUCUGAUCUCGUACUAUGGGGACCUCGUUCGGUCGAUGAUGAGUCUCUGGAUGGCCGUCUCUGGGGGCAUCAGCUGGAUCGAGCUCACCGAGCCACUGGAGGGAACCGGCAACAGCGUAUGGACGAUGAUGUUUUUGGUGUACAUUUUCAUCGUAGCCCGCUGCCUGCGGCAAACCCCGCCGCCGUGCCAGUGUGUCUUCUGCCAGAAUGCCAUCGAGGGGGCUGCCGCAGAUCUGGACCUGACCCUCGACGCCCAGAUGCGGGAGAAGCAGGUGCAUGUCAACCGCCUGGCGCUCCUCUUCCACGAGAUGAACGAGAACACCGAAGACAAGGAUAUGGAGCUGACGUUCGACGAGCUCCAGGCUCUGCUGACCAAGCCCAAGGUGCAGUCGUGGUUCAGAUCCCCGUGUCGCGCCGCCAGCUCUGUUUGCGCAGCGCUUCCUUCAUACAGGAUCAUCGACGCGGACGAGUCGGGCGCGGUCUCCCUCGAGGAGUUCGUGGGGGGCUGCCUGCAGCUGCGGGGCCCAGCCACGCGCGUGGACGUGGAGGCGCUGAAGUGGGAUAUCGGGGAUCAGGCACGCGGAAAAGCUGGCCCGCGAGGUGGCGAAGGCGCACCAGUUGGCGAGCGCCGACGCCGGCCCGGACGCCGAGAUCGCCCGUGGUAAGGCGGCGCCCCCCCAGCACGCGGUGCUCGUAUAGAGCCCUGCCUAGCGCAGCGCGGCGCGGGAGGCGCCGCCACGGAGAGCCCCGCGACGAUCCAGGAGAUCCACGCGGACCUCCGAUUAUAUUCUGACUCGUGCGUGUUUUUCCUCGUCUGGGUGAGACGGCGCCCGCCGAAAGCCCAGGCAGAAACGCGAUAUGCACGCGUGGAGUAAAACAUCGCCCAGCGGGUUCUCUGAAAGUCCAAUUCUGCUCAGGGUCAACCUCCUGAGAUCACAUCGGAGUAGAUCAAAAGAUGCCCAGGGACAUCGGAAGCAGAUCCGUGGGCGCAGCGCCAGCCGAGCAACAGCAGCAGUCGCGACCCGCCUCGGCGCCCAGCGGCGGCGCGGCCCGACAGGUCCCGAGAGCGUGCUGGCCUCUCGUGCUGCCGCCGGCCGCCGGCGGCAGCCCUCUCCCCGCGAGGGGGGCCCGAAAGAGGCGUCGCGGGUGCUGUGCGGCGGCCGCUUUUUCCCCGCGUCGGACACGGCUCCGCACGCGGUCUGGACGCCUGGCUGCGCGUGCCGCUCGGCCUGCCCCGACCCGCUGCGCCUCGGCGCGCGGCACGCGGACAGCGCCCCGAGCCGUUCGGAGCCUCGCGCCCCGCGGAGCAGAGCGACACGCUGUCCGCUUGCAAGGCAUCGCGUGUCGCCCGGGCCGCCGCCGCGACACGCUGAGCACACGCGCCCGACUGUGUGCAUCGUUGGUGAGCUUGUCCUUCCAGCUGCCGCCGAAGUCGGCGCUGCCGCGGCGCACAGCUUUAGUCCAGGGCUGCUGAACUGAGCUCAUGCUGGCUGCAUCGCCUGUGCCCGUCGCAGCCAGCGUCCUCAGCCUCUGGGGAAGGCAGAGAUGAAGGCCAGGCGUAGCCCUGCUCCCUCAUAUCCCAUAUGUCCUGACCCGUUGGCGUCUUGACAAAUCUCGACGCCGGGCUUUUUUGUUUGCCAAUUUCUUGAGAUAGUUUGUCGCCACGGGAUGCUCUCCAGCAGCUGCGUCUCGCCGAGGGCGUUCCACGGGUGCCCGGAUCAUCCCGAACGGACGCCGGAGACCCGAGUUAUGGCCCGAAAACCUCACUGC